CCACUUUCGGCGUAGCCCUAUAUUGUAUUGCCUCUGAAGUCAGAAGACAGCCUACCUAUCUGCUGGCUUAGCUUCUGUAUUCGAUCGAGGUCUCACUGUCUCAGCACCAAAUUAAGGCGCAUUCCCUAGCCACAUUCAUAACUAGCAUCUGCGAUACUACGAGCAAGACAGGAGACAUGAAAAGUAGACAUGGCUUCUCCUUCUUCUUCUUCUUCUUCUUCCUGUUUCUCGUCAUGCAGAUCACUGCCAGUGAGGCCAAAACGAAGGAGACGGUAGUGAAGCAUCUCCCUGGCUUCAAUGGACCUCUUCCCUUCUCCCUCCAAACUGGGUAUAUGGAGGUCGACGACAGCAGUCUCUUUUACUACUUCGUUGAGUCGGAGAGGAACCCAGAGGAGGAUCCGGUUUUGCUCUGGCUCACAGGAGGCCCGGGAUGCUCUGCCUUCUCCGGCCUCGUCUACGAGAUAGGCCCUCUCAGUUUUGAAUCUCCAUCUUCCUACGUGGAUGACGCUCUGCCAAAGCUGGUGUACAGACCGGAUUCCUGGACAAAGGUGGCCAAUGUAAUCUUCCUUGAUUCCCCUGUUGGAUCUGGCUUUUCGUACUCUAUCACAGAUGAUGGAUACAAGUCCUGCGACACCAAAGCUGUAAACCAAAUUGCCAACUUCCUUACCAAGUGGUAUCAGCGACAUCCAAACUUUUUGUAUAAUCCACUUUACAUUGCCGGAGAUUCAUAUUCGGGAUUAAUCGUGCCACCACUGAUCUUUCAAAUUGCUAGGGGUAUAGAAAUGGGGGACCAGCCAAUUCUUAAUCUCAAGGGUUAUGUGAUAGGCAACCCAUUAACAGACCGGAAGUUCGAUUUGCCAUCUCAAGUUCCAUACGCCCACGGGAUGGGUCUCAUAUCUGACGAGCAAUAUGAGAUGUACAAGGAAAGCUGCAGUGCGGACACCACCGGGAUCACCCGAAGUGUGCAAUGCGAAAAUUGUCAUGAUGCAAUAAAUAAGUGUUUGAAGGGCAUAAACAUACAUCACAUCCUAGAACCCGAAUGUUCUUCUGCAUACAAGGGAAAUUCAGACAGAAGCAGCAGGAUGACGCUUGAGCAGUACAGCAGUGCAGAUCUUAACUUGUCUGAGAUUUCUUCAGAGUGUAGAGAUGCAGGAUACAGGCUGUCCAGCAUAUGGGCAAACAACGGGGCGGUAAGAGCAGCUCUGGGUGUCCACAAGGGAACGGUUCCUUUGUGGUUGAGAUGCAACCACGGCACGCCAUACACCAAGGAUAUCCGGAGCAGCGUGGAGUAUCACCGGAGCCUCACCAGCAGAGGCUACCGGAGUCUGAUUUAUAGCGGCGAUCACGACAUGGUUGUGCCCUUCGUCGGCACCCAGGCGUGGAUCCGCUCUCUCGGCUUCUCUGUGCAGGAUGAGUGGAGGCCGUGGUAUGUCAACGCCCAGGUCGCAGGGUUUACGAGGACGUAUUCCAAUAACCUCACUUUUGCAACAGUCAAGGGCGGUGGUCACACUGCUCCAGAGUACAAACCCAAGGAGUGCUUGGACAUGGUCGCCAGAUGGCUCUCCGGCCAUCCUCUCUAACAACAUUUUUUUUUCUCCUUCUCCAAAUCAUGUCAUGUAAUUUAUCAUAAUUAAAUUAACACCAAAUCUAUUUACUAAGAUCGACAAGUACUCCCUCGAUUGCAAAAGUUUGAUGUAGUUUGAUCCUUUGAUUACAAGAGUUUAUUGAUAGUUACAAAAUCAACCACUAGAAAAUGCUUUUGAUCAAUAUGAAUCCAUUUGUAUCCAGCUUAACA